UACUCUCUACUUAGUUACAUUUUAGUCCUAAUAGUUUUAAUGAUUUCUUAUUUGUUUAUAUAGCUUGUAUCAAGUGAUUGUAGAAUGCAGUCAACAUUUAUUCAUUCAAAAAACUCUUAUCCAUUACUGUUAUAGGCUGGCUUCUGUAGUUGCAAAGGCUGUAGCUGCAAUAAAACAGUUUCUAUCAUAUAUCUGUGUCUGUCUGGGGGUAUUGAGAGACAGUUGAUCUGCAAGUGAAUAAGAAAUAUAUUCAGGGGAUGGGGAUGUAGAUCAUUGGUAGAGGACUCGCCUAGCAUGUGUGAGUUUGAUCCCCACUACCACAGGAAAAAGUAAGCAAGCAGGCAGAAAAAUAUAGUCAGUAGCAUGUUGAUUUCUAGCCGCCAGUAACAUAGUUGGGGAGUUGAGACACACAUAAAGUUCAGUAAAGGUGAUGAAAGAAUGUCCAUUGAGUGCUUUUAACCUGUGUGUAGGAGGGUGGUACAUAAAUUAGGGUGCUCAUUAUGUGUUUCAAAAGUGAGGUGAUGGAAGGGGUGGGACAGUUUAAUCCAGAUAAGAAAAGUAACAUGUGGAUAAGUUAAAGUGCAUUGGGGAUUAGUCGCUUAUAUUCUACAGGUUAUAUUUACAGAAUUAAGGCCAAUGAAUAUGUUUGGUAUUUUAGAAGUUUACUUAUAUUCUAAGAACUGUUUUAUUUAUAUACAGGCAGUAGCUAGUAAUUUAGGAAAGGGUCUCAAAAAUUUACAAUAAUAUUGAGUCUUUUUUUUUUUUUUGUAUUUUUACUGGUGUAAAAUUUGGAGGUAAUACAUUUAUAUAGAAUUAAAGGAAUCCUAAAGUUCUAAAUAUUAAAGGCUAGAUGAAUAGAGUUUCUUGCACACUCUCUUCCAUUAAUUUCCCUUUCUCAUUUGUUUUGUGUUGGUUUUAUGUUUUCUCCUUGUUUGUGCAGAUGUUCCAUUGGGACUGUUUACCAGAUUGCUUUCUAAAUUAGCCAGCUGGGGUUACUUUAAAAAACAGUAUGUAAUUUUUUUCCUCCUCCAUGCUAAAUAGACUUGUUCUGCUAAACAGUGAGCUUAUUGGUAGUCAGUGUAGACUAAUCAUGCUUUUUUAAACACUGUUACAUAAGGGAAUGUGGAGGGAGGUUGAAUGUAGGAUUUCAGUGACUAGAGCAAAUUGAUGUAUAGUAUAAUAUAAAAAUCAUAUCUAUCCCAGUAUAUUGAUAAGUAUACAAAAUAAGGUUAACAUCAUAAUAAUCAUUAUUCAUAAGUUAUUAUAUAUUGUGUAUGUACAAAGGAAGUGAUUUGAUUGAUUCAUGUUUAUAGUUAACUACAUAAACAUAAUACCUAGUCAAUCUAAUUAACCACCAGACCAGUACUUUCUUCUUUGACAUUAGCCUCAGACAUAUUUGGUGGUAAUUGUUGAUCAUAAUCCAAAAAAUUCUUUUUGAAGGUUAAAAACUUUAUGAGUAGUUUUUAUAAAACUAUAGAAAAAAAAUUUAAAUCCAGAAAAAUGUGAAGAAGGUAACCUUUAUAGUGGCCCCCUAUUUAGAUGUAAAUUAUUAUUUGUUUAAAAAGGUUUCACAAAUCUUUGCCUCUGAUUAUUUCUUGAAUAUAGAUUCCAAGAGGCUAAAGGGUAUGAACUCUUAAAAGAUGAUUCUUAAAUAUUUUCCUUUUCUUAGAAGGUUCAUAACCAAAUUGUACUUCUAAAAAAAUGCUUCUUCAUGUUCCCAUUAUUUUAACCCUUUGUCACAUAUAUUGCAAAGUGUCUUUUCUUUGUGAUUCAUCUUUUAGCAGUAGCCUGUGAGUUGGUCUCUCUUCCUACAGGCUUAAUCCAUUCUGCACACUUAUUGAGAAGAUGAUGUAACUGUAAAUACCACUUUUAUAUCCUUAAAUGUCUUUCUAUAACAAGGUAUUAGGUCUUAAACCAGUUUAGUGUAAAUAGGAAUCACCUUGGAGGUGUGUUUCAAAUGCAGAUUUGAUCGAUAAGUAUGACCCUGAAGCCCAGGAAUCUCAUUUUUAGUAAGAACUCCUUAUUCUAAGUUGUUAUUUAAUAGACAAACUAUUUGAGAUACACUCCUUAGCCUGAGCUUUUAAUGAUAUAUUUUCAGCCAGAGAAUUGCUAUAUUUCUCAGGGUGAACAUUGCUCUUGCUAUUAUUACCUGAAUAAUACAUAGACAAAUCCAUCUCUAAGCCAUUGUGGCUAAAAGUACUUUAAAUGUAAAGUGAUAAUAUGCCAUUUUUCUCCCUUGGAAUUUCUUCUACUUUCCCCUUUGUCCAUAUCCUGGCUUCCCUUUACAGUGAAACUCUGUUCCCAUCUUUUUCAUGAAUUCUUCCCUGACUGUUUUAAGCAGAUUUGAGUUUUUUCCUUUCUCUGACUCUUAAGCACUCACAUCCAACCUUUCAGUAUUUCCUUCAUUGUUGGGUUUUGUUUUAUUUUUAUGUGAUGGUCUUAAAUUGUUCAUUAUUUGUUGGCAGGGACUUUGCCUUAUAUAAUUUUUUUUUUUAUUUCCCACAGGACCUGUGGAAAUAAAAAUGAAUGCCCCUAUCCUCAUUAGUUUUGACUAUUUUGAAAGGCUACAGUGAAAUAUUCACUGGGCAUUCAGUGAAUAUUUGUAAAAAUUUAAUCAGUCUGUUCAUUUUGUUUACCGUGUCCAUAGCCUGUAUGAUUCUAUAGUUUUUGUUUAUAUAAUCUCUCAGCCUUGGUCAUUGGUCAUUAUAGAUUGAAAAGGUUCCAGUCUUUUUAGUUUUUCCUCAUGGUAUUACAUCAUGCCGUUUUGUUUUUCUAUAUAUUGCUUUUGGAUUAUCAGCAGCUCUGAUUUUAUGUAGUAUUCCAACUAAUGAUUGUUUGUGUUUUUUCUGAUAGCACGAUUUUGGGAUUUUUGUGGGAAGGAUGCCUUACAGAACUAGAUAGGAUAUGCUUAAUGAGUGUGUACUUCCUAGCUUGUGGUGGAGAGUUCUCCCUGACACUUUCAAAACAGCUAACCUAGACCCCCACAAUCUUUCCCUAAAAUCCUGAGUUGUUUCUCCAGUGGCUAGAACUUAGACUGACUCUAGGGAAUAAGAAUGGGUCCUGCAUCUUCCGCCUGAAUUGGGUAGUACUAGAUGCCAGCCUUGUUUUGGGGUAGUGGUUUUAAGGGUGUUUCUCUCCUUUAUUUCUGCCUAAACCAGAACUCUGGGGAAAAAAUGACAGCACAUUCUGGGGAACCUAAAGGGGUUGGUGAGGGCAUUUUAGGCAACAUCUGUCACUCCAUUGCUUGUCAGGAUUAUUUUAGCUAAUUUGUCUGACUGGGCAGGUGUCCCCUCUCUCCCUCAGUGCUCCAUGUGCAUCCCUCUUGAAGCUUCGCACUCUGUUGAAGAGGACACUCAUCCCAGGUAGAGAGGGGGACGGGAAACUGGGCCAAUUGAAUCUCUAUGUCCUUUUCUUUCCAUCAGAUCAAGGCUACUUAACUGGGAUCCAUUGACUUCCUGAGGUCCAUGACCUCUAUGAAACUAUUUGCCAAGUUUUGUUCAUGCAUUUGUGUGUUUCUUAGGGAAGAGGGGUCCACAACUUUCAUCAUAUUCUCAAAGGGAUCUGUAGAUGCAAGUACUGUGGCACUAGAUAAUGAUGUUUUCUAUCAUGUGUUUCUUGUGUGUUUCUCAAGCAGGAAUGAUGGGAAGUUAGAAAUGCAAAGGGAAGUAGGGUGGAGGGACUUAUGUAAUCCUAGGCAAGCAAUCACAGGAUCCCUUUCUCAUUUGUGGAACAUAUCUUGCAGAUGUCUUCAGCAGAGUAGGCAGUACUGAAAGUUGUCUGUUUCUCAAGCAGGAAUAACAAGGCUAGAAAUGCAAAGACAAGACAGAAUAAGUGAUGUAAAAUAAGUAGUUUGAAAAUGUCUCAGUUUUUGUCACUAAUGUGCAUAUUAUUUAGGGAGUUUUAAUUUAGUCAUCAUUAAAAUGAGAAGGCUAGAAUACAUUCAGGGCUCCUUGUAUCUCUAAGACACCUUUCAUGGAAGAAUUUUCUGCUAGGAUGUCUAAAACACACUUAACAUUAAAAGAGAAAGGAAUCCUAUUUUGCCUGCCUUUGAUUGUGUGUGUGUCUGAGAGAGAAAAGGAAGCUUAGUUUCAGAUGCAUAUAAGACUGACGAGUUCCAGGAGAGUGAAUUUUGAUUUUAAUUUUGUCCAGAAGGUAAAGGAGCACUUAGGUAAACACUAAACAUAAUUUGACUUAAGCUUUUUUUGUUGUUGUUCCUUGCUAUGAAGUGCUUGACAGCAAUUUUUAUAAUGGAGAAACAUGGACCCAUUUGCUUGUUGGUUAAAGUUAUUUCUUAAGUUUGUGAGAUAAGUAUUAUAUAAAUUUUAACUUGUGAAUUUUUUUUCUUUCAUUAUUUAAAUCAGGAAUUCUUGUGUGUUUUAUUUGACCAUUUAUUCCAAAAUGAAGAGAAUGAUUUGAAAUCCUUUAAUGUGUUUGCAGUCAUUAUUUAGAAGCAAGGUCCUUGAAUGAGAGAGAUUAUAGGGACCGGAGAUACGUUGAUGAAUACAGAAAUGACUACUGUGAAGGAUAUAUUCCUAGACAUUAUCACAGAGACAUUGAAAGCGCUUAUCGAAUCCACUGCAGUAAAUCCUCAGUCCGAAGCAGGAGAAGCAGUCCUAAAAGGAAGCGUAAUAGACACUGUUCAAGUCAUCAGUCACGUUCGAUGAAAUCGUGGACACUUUGGGUGAAGGGGCCUUUGGCAAAGUUGUAGAAUGCAUUGAUCAUGGCAUGGAUGGCUUACAUGUAGCAGUGAAAAUAGUAAAAAAUGUAGGCCGUUACCGUGAAGCAGCUCGUUCAGAAAUCCAAGUAUUGGAGCAUUUAAAUAGUACAGAUCCUAAUAGUGUCUUCCGAUGUGUCCAGAUGCUAGAAUGGUUUGAUCAUCAUGGUCAUGUUUGUAUUGUGUUUGAACUGCUGGGACUUAGUACCUAUGAUUUCAUUAAAGAAAACAGCUUUCUGCCAUUUCAGAUUGAUCACAUCAGGCAGAUGGCGUAUCAGAUCUGCCAAUCAAUAAAUUUUUUGCAUCAUAAUAAAUUAACACAUACAGAUCUGAAACCUGAAAAUAUUUUAUUUGUGAAGUCUGACUAUGUAGUCAAAUAUAAUUCUAAAAUGAAACGUGAUGAACGCACACUAAAAAACACAGAUAUUAAAGUUGUUGACUUUGGAAGUGCAACAUAUGAUGAUGAACAUCACAGUACUUUGGUGUCCACACGGCACUACAGAGCUCCAGAGGUCAUUUUGGCUUUAGGUUGGUCUCAGCCUUGUGAUGUUUGGAGUAUAGGUUGCAUUCUUAUUGAAUAUUACCUUGGGUUCACAGUCUUUCAGACUCAUGAUAGUAAAGAGCAUCUGGCCAUGAUGGAACGAAUAUUAGGACCCAUACCAGCACACAUGAUUCAGAAAACAAGGAAACGCAAGUAUUUUCACCAUAACCAGCUAGAUUGGGAUGAACAUAGUUCUGCUGGUAGAUAUGUUAGGAGACGCUGCAAACCAUUAAAGGAAUUUAUGCUCAGUCAUGAUGAAGAACAUGAGAAGCUUUUUGACCUUGUUCGAAGAAUGUUAGAAUAUGAUCCAACUAAAAGAAUCACCCUGGACGAAGCAUUGCAGCAUCCUUUCUUUGACUUAUUAAAAAAGAAAUGAAAUGGAAAUCAGUGGUCUUACUAUAUACUUCUCUAGAAGAGAUUACUUUAAGACUGUGUCAGUCAACUAAACAUUCUAAUAUUUUUGUAAACAUUAAAUUAUUUUGUACAGUUAAGUGUAUAUACUGUAUGUUUUGUAUCUAUAGCAAAUUUACCUUGUUAAGCAGUAUGGUCUUGAUAAUGAAUGAAAUAUAAAAGUUGAAAUUAAUUUUCCUUUUUGAGAUUAAUUACCAUUUUUAAAGGCCUUUGGAAUUACCUUUGUGUCCAGUGAUAAAGUGAUUGGUCUUGUCUUUUGUACAUGAA